CUCACUAAUUCAAGCAAAUAGCAGCGGGCAGGGACGGACUGCCGGCCCGAAGCAGACAAGGAUUAAGUCACAGCCUCCAAUUGGGCCGGCCUUUGCAUAGUCAGUAUCUCCCCAGCCAUCUCCAGGAAUCCACCAGGAGCUAAGUGUUCCUCUCUUUAUGUGGUAGUGAGGACAAGGACCAGAGCAAGCAGGCCUUGGUGGAAGGCGCACCUCUGGCAGAAACCCCGAGAUGCCUUCUGAGAAGGAACGCACCAAGAGGAGCCUCACACAGAGGCUGGCCCUGAAAAGCCGGCUAGCUAAGGAGACAAUCUCUGAGUUCCUGGGCACCUUUAUAAUGAUUGUCCUUGGAUGUGGCUCUGUUGCCCAAGCGGUUCUCAGUCGAGGACAUCUUGGUGGAAUUGUCACCAUCAAUGUUGGAUUUGCCAUGGCAGUUGUGAUGGCUAUUUACGUCACUGGAGGUGUCUCUGGAGGCCACAUCAACCCAGCUGUGUCUUUUGCAAUGUGCGUCUUUGGAAGGAUGGAAUGGUUCAAGUUACCAUUUUAUGUGGGAGCCCAGUUUUUAGGAGCCUUUGUGGGGGCCGCAGCUGUCUUUGGUGUUUACUAUGAUGGACUCAUGGCCUUUGCUGAUGGACAAUUGCUCAUCGUGGGAGAAAACGCAACAGCGUUCAUUUUUGCAACCUACCCAGCUCCAUUCAUAUCCCUGCCAAACGCCUUUGUAGACCAAGUGCUGUCUACCAUGUUCCUCCUUCUGAUUGUCUUCGCCAUUUUUGACUCCAGAAACAUGGGGGUCCCCAGAGGCCUAGAGCCCGUUAUCAUUGGCCUCCUGAUCAUUGCCCUUUCUUGUUCUCUGGGCCUCAACACCGGCUGCGCCAUGAACCCAGCUCGAGACCUGAGCCCCAGGCUCUUCACCGCUCUGGCAGGAUGGGGGUUUGAGGUCUUCACAGUUGGAAAUAACUUCUGGUGGAUUCCUGUUGUGGGUCCUAUGGUUGGUGCCGUCCUUGGAGGCCUCUUCUACAUUCUUUUAAUCCAAAUGCAUCACUCAGACCCCAGCUCAGAAGCGAAGGCAGAGCCAUAUGAGAACAAGCUAGAGAAACAUGAACUCAGCGUCAUCAUGUAGUGGUGUGACCAGGUCUAGAUUUACUAUUCAUUUGGUUCUCUCUUCAGAAAAGAUGGCAUCUGUGUGGUAUACUUUGGUGAGAACUGGGGACGGGGUAGGGGGAGAUCUACCCAGUUUUCUCUAGCUAUUGGGGACAAACCAUCGCAAAGGCAGUCAUGAAAAGCCCCACCCUCCCAAGAAUAGCACUGUCUCCUACUUUAUUGCAUCUUUGAUGGAAGUCCUUCCUCCCAGGUGAUUGCUAAAAAUUUGGAAACUUGACCAUGGACUUGGCUGGACGGCCUCAGAGUUCUUUAUUACCCUGUAUGAAACAGUGUCACCGAAGGCUCUGUCCUCACAAUCUACAAAUGCAAUGUUCUGAAACGCAAAGGCCUAACAGUGGCUGUGCUUAACACCUACAGAAAUGGGGAGCAAAGAGUUAACACUCCACCAAGCUGAGCGCAGUCUCUGCAUAGGAGCUGGUAUCCUCCCAACCUAGGGCUAUAGAAAACACCAGAAAGCAGCUGGAAAGAGUGCUGUGGCAUUUAGAAACCUCAAGACACAUGAUAAAUUUGGGAAACUGAAUGAUUUUUUUUUAAAUGGAAACCAUUUGUCAGAUUAAUCUCUUGCUCUUCUGCAUCUUAGAUGGUCUCAAUUAAUUUCCAAGUCUUUAAGUAUGUAAUAACCUAAAAUAUGAUUGUAACCUUGGUGGUGAAAAAUCCGUCACUCGAUCUUUUUGGCACAAAUGUGUUUUCCUAAUGGCUCAGUCGAGGACAGACCUCUGGAGUAGGCCGUGGCUGCAGUCAUCUGUGUCCCCAGAAGCCCAAACUAAAAGCUAGUGGGAGCUGGCCAAGCAGACUGAAGUUGAAGGUAGAAAAAGUCCCUGGGAUACAAGCAUGAACGACAAGCCUUAUCGAUCACAAGACACUCAUAGGUGUCAUCACAGUUGAUCCCAACGUCGAUCGCCUGAGGUAAAUAACCACAGCAGCCAUUUUCCAAAUGAAAUUCUCAUGUGAACUCAGCAAGUUGCCCUCUGUUUUGCAGGGUGCCUUAUGCCUCCCAGAAGCUCGCUAGCUGACUGAGGGUGUUAGACAUCCCAGUCAGGCUUAUGUGAAAGGGGGCAUCAGUGGCUUCCAUCUGAUCAUUUUCAUUUCAUUUCUCUGAGAGAAACACUCUCAGAGGUCUUUCUUCCUCAGCCACUCUUGAUUUCCUCCCCAGCCAGUCCUCCCCAGCCUCCUGGAGACAGUUUUCUAACUAAUGCUGCUUUCAACUGGAAUGAGAAAUGCUCCACAUCGGGGGACACACCUUCAUCACAACUGGUAAAAGACCAGCAUUCCUAGAGACAACAGCUUCCCCAGGCAUUUUGCAAGGACAACAGAACAGGACAUGAAUAAGAAAUGUCUCCAACGCUCUGUGCUGUGCAGCCUGUGGACAUAUGGACUCACUUUCUAACUCUGAAAUUACCUACAUAUUUUUUUAGUUUAAAUGCAUUUGGGGGGAUAUUAUUGUGUUUAGGGUUUUUUUCCCCCAUUUGAUGGCUACCAAACAUCCUUCAUUCAGAGUUUGUUGAUACUGUCUAGGAAUUUGAUUUCUUGUGAGGAUUUUAGAAAAUAUUAAUGCCCAGUUAGUCCUCUACAGAUAGCUCAGGUGGUUCAGGCAUGCAUCAAGGACGGGAAACAUGGACCGGAUUGAAUCCUAUGGGUCUAAGUUUUCCUUGAAAGCCAUGUACAGUUGUCAGAAUGGACUUGCUGGUAGUGCCUUUGGUUCCUGGUGGAUUACAGCAUGGUACUGGCAAUCUUGCUCUCUCUUCCCCCUGCUCAGAACAUCUGGAAACAUCUGGAGACACUGAUGGCUGUCACAACUAGGAAUAGGGGAAAGAGUUAAUGGAUAGAGAUGCUGCCACAACAAGGCAAUAUCAAACGCAUGUCAAUCAUUGCCAGACUGAGAGACCCUGGAGUUUUGGAAGGUGAGGAGAUAAUCGAGAGACUGAGGCCCUGUACCCUGGAUUCAAGUUCUGUAGUGAGCAGAGAUGUUGAACAAGCCAGAACAGAGCCUUAUGGUAGAUUCUAAUUCUUAGAGCAGGAGGCAAUCCAAACUUUGAGGUUUUUUUUUUUUUGGGGGGGGGUAGAUUGUGCAAUAGAUGAUCCAUGCAGUUGCUCAUUAAAUACCACCAGAUGAGCAAUGAUCAAGAAAAUGAAGAGAAAGUGUGCGGUGCUGGAAGUCCACCCUGGGAAGGACAUCUUAACAGGAAAAAAGCUCCCUUGUUCUAUGCUCAGAUCCACUCCUGUCCCAGAUCUACAGUGAACAUAUUUGCCUCUGUUGGAUUCUUCACCAAGAGAAUGUCUGUGAAGUUACUUGGUCCUGCACCAGCAUCACCAGCAGAGCCAAGACUCUCCUUUGAAAAGAACUCCUUUAGGAAUUAUAGUUACAACAUUCCUCCCCCUGCCCCCCAUCAGUUGCAAAGUUCCUAGGAGCAUUUAUCUUAAUGUCAAAAACCAGAAUUUUCUGUGAUUUCCCUGACCAGUUGAGGUCUCAAAGCAUGGUUCUACCCAGCAAAUACCUCAGCAAUUAUUUAGUUGUUAGAUAGGAUUACUGAAGCUAAAAAUAUUUUUUAAUUUAAUCCUUAAGACAUAAUUAUAAUUUAAGUUGCGUGCACGUACACACACACACACACACACACACACACACACAUCUUGUUAUAUAAGUUAUUUCAGCAUUCAGCAAUAUCAUGGGAAAAGAAUUGGAAUUUCUGAUUACAGAGAAUGGUUUCUAAGCUUUGUUUAGCCAUAAAAAAUGAUUGUUCAAAUAAAAUUUUGUGUGGUAUCCACAAA